AUGAGUGUGGGGGCAGCUGUCACUGAUGAGCGCUGCCGCGCCCUCCGAGUGAAGCUCAACAAGCACUGCUAUCAUCAGACCCUCAGCGAAGACUCCGUGCUCUUGGUCGAAACGAUGUUGAACGACUUGAUCGCUUCGGCAGCGGGCCUCGAUGAUCUGAAGCGCCGGGACAAGGAGGGUACCGAGCGUCUGCAGUCCCUCAUCUCCGAGCUCGAGGUCUUCCGCAUUGAGAACCCUCGCCUUCAAGCAGAGAACAAUGCGCUGCACCUGCAGAUCAUCGAGUCGGACGAGGCCGCUGAGACAUGGGAGGACUCCAUCCGCACUGCCGUGCGGAAGCUGGAGGACGAGAUCGAUGCUGUCAAACUGACGCUGCAGAAGGAGGGACGCAAGCUGGCUCGCAGAGAGCAUGAGUUUUACAACCUGCAGGCCGAAGUCGCUUCACAAGAUCAUCUGGAGGAUUGUACAGACCGCCCCAGCCUUCGUGCGCCGGGACGGGCGACCAUGCCUCUCGAUGCGGACCCACUGUUGGCAAAGGAGGAGAGCCUCACUGAGUCACUCCAGCUCUGCAAAAACAAGGUCCUGGAUGUGGAGUCGCAGAUCGCUCGAGCUGUGAUGCGUGCCAGGGAGCAGUCCUCAGAUGCCAACGACAUCUGCGAAGAGCUGUGCCGAAAGGACCCUGGGCCCGCCUUUGUGCGGCAGAAGGUCGUGCAAGCCAGUCUUCAAGCCUCAGUAGCAGACCUGCGAGCAACCUCCGCAGAACGCUUUCAGAGGAGGAUGGAGUUGGAGAUGCAACAAUCUGCAUUGCAGGAGAAGGUUGGGAUCAUGGAAACGAACGCCUCGGAGCUGUUGGAAGAGGAGGCCUCCGCCCAGCGAGAGGAGGCGAAGGUUGCGGCCAGAGCAUCGGAGAUUCACGCGCGAAACCGGGUCGACGCCGAGAAGCAGCGGCGUGAAGUCGAGCAGACGGAGGAGGAGACUGCAGUCAUCAGGCAGGUGUGCGCACGACUGGAGAGUUCCAGACAGCUUCUCACGGCGGAGGCCCAGGAGCUCUCGCGACGCGAGGUCCUCCGUGCCUCGGAGCAGUCGCGCGAGGCGAAGGAGCUUGGCGAUAAGCUCCUCGAAGCCUCUGGCCAAAGUAGCCAUUUGGAGCCCUUGGGCCGGCGAAUCGCUGCCUUGGAGGCAGAUCUUGCGUCCACGGAGGACGAGUGUCGAGCAACGGACACCUCCAAUGUGCUCCUGAAAGAAGAGGUGCAAUCUGCCCAGAUGGAAGCUGAGGUGCAAAAGAGGCGCCUCGCAACCCAGCGGCAGGAACUUCAGGGUGACCUGCAAAGUGGUGCGCAGCUGCAGCACAGGUCUCAAACAGCGGGUGCUCAACUCCAAUUUCUGACAGCGUCCUUGCCCAGUCUUUCGGCCGAGCAGAAGUUGCUGGCAGCGCGCCUCCAGGAGCAAAAUGCAGAGCUCCACGAGGAGAGUAUGGCGCGAAUGGAUUUGCAGGUGGAGGCACAGCGGCUUGCCUCCAUGGCAAAAUCAUUGGAUGGUACACGCGAGGAGUGGACGGCGGAUCUCGCAAAGGCUGUCGUUACGCUUCGCCAGUCACAUGGUCUUCUCGCCACAGCAUUGGAGCGGGAGGAGGUUGCGCAGAAAACUUCGGACAAGCUCAGGCAAGAGGUUGCUGCGACAGAGGCUUCCUUGCAGACCGUGCAAGCGGAGAAGGAAGCUCUUCACAACGAGGUUUCGGUCUCUUCGCAGAAGCUGAGGGAAGGCAUUCAGCUCCGAGACGAGGCUCAAGAGCUGGGUGCGCGUCUCCGCGGCCAGUGGCAGUCGGAAGUAGAAGCAGCACAGCUUGCCAAGGCGGCAAUUGGUGCCGGAAACGCUUUCCGCAGUUCCCACAGCGACACGUACUGGGAGCCAUCUUCGGGCACUCAGAUUGCAGAAGGUCUUCGCCAUCUCCGGGAUGAAGUCACGGAGCUUAAGGAGGCCAUUGCCCAGACGGACACGAGGCUUGCGCUGAUGAGGAGCAAGGUGAAGCUUCAAGGAGCCGAUCACCUCCAGCGAGUGGAGCUGUCGAGGGCCUUGGAAAGCUCCCGGCAAUCCGAGCUCGCACUGGGGGAGGCUGAGGCGGCUGCAUCCUUGAAAGAAGCGGCAUGCCAACGACUCCGGCGAGAGCUCCAGGAGCUCCAGGAUCUUGUGGCGGCAGAGUCGACGGAUGCCCUGUGUCAGGAGCUCACCGACUGCCAAAAGAGGCUCGCCGAUGCUGCGGAAGAGCAGCAAACGGCCAUCAGCAGUUGGGGAGAGAAGCAGCGCGCGGUGGCGCACGAAGUCGAGGUCCUCAAGAAGGCUGCUCGGGCUUUGGAUGCUGAGCGCGACGAGAAGCAGAACCUUGCCGACGAGCGUGCCCAAGAGCUCCAAGACCUUGGCAUGGCUUUACAGGCAGACCAGGAAGCGCUCCAGGAAGCGCAGAAGGCGCUGGACGACCAACGUGCCAACUCAAACAACCAGCGACACCAUCUCGGGCAGCAGCAAGAGCUUCGCACAGAGAGGUCCGACCAUCUCGAGUUGCUUCAGCAAGAAGCUCGAAGGCUUCGGGCGCAGGUGCGCGACCGAACAACAGAGGAAGCGUCCAUCCAUGACGACCUCAUGCACAUGACCAAGGAGAACCAGGAGCUUCAUGAAGAGGUGCGGCAGCUGGAGAUUGGCGUCGUGGCCCGCACUGUCGAUGCCCGGAGACAUCUCGAGGAGCAGGAAGCAUCUGCACAGCAGCUACAUGCUAUCGAGCUUGAAAGGACCGAUAUUGCCCGUCUUCAUGAGCAUGUCUGCCUACAAACGCGAGAGCACGAGGUGGCGCUCCAGCGGUUGCAGCAUGACCGUGAGCUCGCUCGACGUGCUGCAGGUGAGCUUGCCAAGGAAGUCCAGCGCAUCAAGGGCUUGGAGGACACCUGGCACAGCAGCGCCGAGAAGUGCCAGCUGGACAUGCAGGUCAUGGAGGGGCAACUGGCGGAGAUCACGCACCGCAUCCAGCGCAGUGAGCAGACACAGCGAGAAGCUCUGGAGGAAGAUGCAAAGCUGCAGGGGGAUGUUGCUGCUGCCACCGCUGCUGCCAAAGGUGCCGACCACACCGAGGCCUCCCAGGCGCAACAAGUGGCUUCUCUUCGGCUGAGGCGGCAUCAGCUGCAGACUGCAGUCCAACAGACUCGCGGCCAAGCUGCGACCCAGCACCGCUUAGCGGAGCAGGAGCGACACGAGGUGCGACGUUUGGAGGCCUUGCUGGAGGGCGGCCAGAUGAAGCUGCAACGCAGCACUGCCGACCUCGAGGCGUUGCGAAGAUGUUUGGAGCAUCAGCGUUCUCCAGCUGCUCUAGGGAGCUCUGUGCAACAGUCCCCGUCUGCCGACGAGCUGAAGCAGCAGGUGGAGCGAGAGUACACCAAGGCAGCCGGCAGUGCUUGUGUUCCUGGCCUGUCCAGGAUAUGGGGCCGAGGUCGACAGUUCGAGCAACAACUCUAA